CUCAGAGAGAGCCAGCCCAAAUAAGCUGAAAAGGCCCAACAACUCGGUGGAAGAGCCGGGCACGACACGACACCAGGAUGGACCCCACGGGCGGCGGCGGCGGCGACGGCGACUCCGCGGCGGCGAGGGGGAGCGGAGGGGGAACCGGGGCUGGGAGGUGGGCUGUGGGUGCGGUUUGCGGGGGGCUGGUGUACUACCACUGCGCGGUGCGGCGCGCCAGCGCGGUGUCCCUCGCCGCCGACGUGCUGCUCGUCCUCCUGUGCUCGCUCUCCAUCCUCGGCCUCCUCUUCCGCCACCUCCAUAUCUCGGUGCCUGUGGAUCCUCUUGAAUGGCAGAUUUCCCAGGAGAUGGCAAAUAGUAUAGUUGCAUCCUUGGCUAAUACAAUCGGAGCUGCUGAGUCAGUAUUAAGGGUGGCUGCAACUGGACAUGACAAGAAGCUGUUUUUCAAGGUGGUUUUUACAUUGUAUUUUCUAGCAGCUUUGGGAAGAGUGGUGUCAGGAGCUGCGGUUGCUUAUGCUGCACUAUGCAUCUUCUGCCUCUACAUGUUUGCGCAAAGCACCGAUCUGUUUGAUCAGCUCCCUUCAUGGGUACCCAUGGGAAGAGAUUCAUUGGGUGGCGCUCAGGAUACCGCAUGAUUUCCACAUGUACAUGACCGCCGAGUGUUUUUUCUUCCCCUUUGUGUAUAUGGUCCUGGAGGCUAAUGUCUUGAACCGUAGCACCCACGGUGGAUGUAUGUCGCAAAUCUUUGUAUAUCAUAACGUGUUUCCAACUGAUGAGUGUCUGAUUUUCGCAAUAUGUUUUCAUCGACCUCAUUGUGGAUCUCACUGGUUCCUCACUGGUUAAUCAUCAGUUCGUGAUGUGGGUUUGGUUUUGA